AAUAUUUUCAUACUCCAGACUCCCAGCGUAGGUAGAAGAUGGCAGCCGAGGCGUGAUUCGAGACCAGGACUUCUUCUCUCUCUCUGGCCGCGCGCGCUAGUAGGGGGUAUCUUUUCGUCUCGUAACGCCGAGCGGACGUCCGCGGAAGUAGUACGCUAGCGUGGUGCAUUAUCGCGUGUCCAGUGUACCAGCUUGCUCGAGAAAAUGUCCUAAAAGAGGACCGCCGUCGCCGUGUUACACAUCGUUGUCGUGCCGUCUCGCGGUCGCAGCUACGCUCUCUCUGGUCUACCGUUCGCACCCGCCAGAGAGCCGUGCACGGUACUACCGCAGCACACACAUCGGGUGUUAUACUCAUGAUCCGACCGGCGACCAGGUAGUAUCGCUGAUUAUUAUGCGCGACAUGAGCAAAACCGGAAGCAGCGCCGUCAUCGUAGUGUUUCACGAGCGUCAUGUAAAAUGGAAUUAAACAAUGUUGUUAAGACGUAAACAUGUUUUGGGUACACUGUGGACUCUUUGUUCUCGUGAUUGCCGUACCUGGAUUUAUUAGCAGCGCCGACAGCACGUCCAAGCGAGACACCGAUUACACGUUAGAUGAUUCCUAUUGGAACGAAGAAACCCAACCUGGUGAGGUCGAACGAUUACUGCGAGAGUAUCGACAAAACCAAGAGCUAGUACGAAAUAUCGGCGCCAAUUACUAUCAGAUCAUCUAUCCAGUACAGUUACGGCAUCACGAGAAAAUGGGGAUAUCCACGAGAGAAGUCGGCGUUUCUAAGUUUCCUCAAAGAGGAUACGGGGAGGGAGGAUAUCAAAACUCUAGAGGCAGAUUAAGAAUAGGAAGGCACUUUCACCGGACGUCUCUCCUGAUCAAGGCCUUUAAUCAUAAAUUUCGCCUAGAUUUAGAAUUAAAUACGCAACUUUUAGCUCCGAAUCUUAUACAAAAAGACUUUUUAGUCAACGGUGCGGAACAAAGUUCUAAACAGGAGAUAGAACAUUGUUAUUAUCAUGGCACCGUCAGAGAUUAUCCAGGAGCUACCGCCGCUUUUCACACGUGUAACGGUGUCAGUGGUGUCAUACAUUUAGGCAACGAGACUUUUGUCAUUCAUCCGUUCUACGGCGGUGAUCUGUCGCAGAAACAUCCUCACGUUAUAUUUGAAGCUCGAACAAAAGCGGACAAAGGCUGCGCUAACUUGGGAAAUCUUGAGUGGCGUACGAAGAACCGUCGGCAGAAGCAUGUUUUGUGGCUAUCGGAAAGCACUUCCGAUCGGUACAAGAGAGACGUCCGUGAAGCAACCAAAUACAUCGAAACUGCCAUCAUUAUCGAUAAGGCUAUGUUUGACAAAAGAAACGGUAGCACCAGAGCCGAGGUUGUUCACGAUGCCAUCCAAGUUGCAAAUAUCGCGGAUUUGUAUUUCCGUACAUUAAACACUAGAGUCUCCGUCGUAUACAUCGAAACCUGGCAAGGUGGUAACCAAGCGGAAAUCAAUAAAGAUAUGGAUAUUGGUGAAGCUUUGCUAAAGUUUAGUGAUUAUAUGUUUCGGAGGGUAUACAAUGUUGCUCAGGACACCACCCAAUUGCUUACGGGUGAGACUUUCUCAGGUGGAGAAUCAGGGGUGGCUGUACCGCAAACUGUGUGCAGCCAAAAAUCCAUAGGAAUCAGCGUCGAUUUAAAUACUUACGAACCCCAUCUUUUAGCUGGUACGAUGGCUCACAUGAUAGGUCAUAACAUUGGCAUGCACCAUGACGAUGGACGAAACGAGUGCAGCUGCUACGAUUGGCACGGAUGUAUCAUGGCACAAUCCAUCGUCGGCUUGCAAAACGUUCAACCCUACAAGUUUUCCGAAUGUAGUAAAAAAGAUUACAUAGAAACUUUAAAAAGCGGCGCCGGCAUUUGCCUUUUUAAUAAACCAAACGAGUUAGAGGUCAGGAGAACAUGCGGAAACAGGGUAAUAGACGACGGGGAACAAUGCGACUGCGGUACGCUCGAGGAAUGUCACGAACUCGAUCCUUGCUGCGAUCCGAUCACCUGUAAACUCACAUCGGAGGCCGAAUGCGCUUCCGGACCUUGUUGUAACAAUUGCAAGUUACGUGCACGCGGCGUCAUUUGCCGCGAAUCAACGAACGAGUGCGAUCUUCCGGAAGUUUGUUCCGGAGAAACAGGUCAAUGUCCAGCGGAUGUUUAUAAGAAAAACGGGAAUCCAUGCUCGAAUAACGCUGGUUACUGCUUCAACGGUGUCUGCCCGGCUUUGAAUCUUCAAUGCGAGCAGGUUUGGGGCUACAGCGGUAUCGCAGCUGACAAGCAAUGCUUCGAACAGUUCAACUCGAAGGGUUCCAUCAACGGCCAUUGCGGCACCGACGCUUCCGGUCAUUUCGUCAAAUGCGAGUCGGAUAACGUUCGUUGCGGAUCCCUUCAAUGUCAACAAGGCUAUAAGCAACCUGUUAUCGACGGAAUGGAUCAACUUUAUUCUGUUACGAUUAUAACGAUGAAGGGUCAGGAAUACGAGUGCAAGUAUGUAUUGAGAAAGAUUGACGAGAUCAAAAAUUCGAUGAAUAACGUUUUCCUCUUACUUAGAUCGACGACUGGGAAGGUAGAAGGUUCCGAAAUGCCAAGUUGGGGAUUGGUUCGUGACGGCACGUCUUGCGGUGAUAAUCUGAUCUGCGUAAAUCAAACUUGUACGAGCCUUUUCCUACACAUAAAUCAAGAUAAAUGUCCCAGUAAUCACAAUAACAACGAAUGCUCAGGAAAUGGCGUAUGCACAAAUACCAAUAAGUGCUAUUGUAACCCUGGCUGGAGUGGAACGGACUGUUCCAUACAGCAGGACAUUCCAACUAUAGUACCAGCAGCUCCCACAACCGAACCAUCGGAUGAAGGUAGCUCAACUCCUAAUAUGGGGAAGAAAGAGACCCCCUACGAGAACUACCACGGCUCUAACACUGUAUUUUUAGUUGGUAUGCUCAUGUCGGUGGUAGGGGGUGUUUUCAUAGUAUUUGCUCUGAUGGCUCUCUGCUACAGGUCAGUCGUAGUACAUAAAAACUUCUCCCUCUGUCUCAGAAGAAAGAGCACCAUCCAGAAGUAUGAUCAACCGUACUCGAAGAAGCCACCACAGAAAAGCUACACCGGAGUUUCGAGCAACCAUCACCCAGAAGAAGCGGUACUCGACAGAGUGAACAAGAUCCUCGCCUUUGAGAGAAUGCCUCAGUACAGCCGCGGCGAGCCCCAGCGCGUGCUGUUUCGGCCCCCGAAUAACGUCGCCGCUGCAGACGGGCCAAGACUCAAAGAGCACAAACCGCAGAUGAAGAGGCGCGACGUGAACGAGGAGGAAGGAGGUACGGGGGCAGAGGAGGUUGUCUCUUUCAUUGAUGUCUCACCAAACAAUCUGACAAAGUUGCCUGAGAAGGGAAUUUUAAAGAAACACGGUGGUUAUGGUAGAGGCGGCAUUUCCGAAGUUGAACGUACGUUGAAUCAAUUGAACGGCUAUCACGAGAAUAUAAUCGAAGUAUUGAGAAACGCUGGUAUCCGUCGCGAUCCAUCGGAGGCUCCAUCGGGAAGUGGUAACCUUCUUGACAACGAGGCAAUCCGUAAAUCAUUGGUCGACUGCUAUCCCGAUUCUUAUUGCAAAGAUACGGACGAACACGAUCACAUGGACAACAUGGAUAAUCAGGACGACGAGGAUGUGGACGUAGGGUUACAACCAUGCGGUACGAUACGCAUACGUACUCUCGAGGAUAUCAUCAAGCAGCUGGAACGUCAUUCGGUUCGACAUAUGAGCCCGAGCGGCUCCGAAGAGAUUAGAAUGUCUGAGAGCGAAGGGGAUCGUCAUUACAGACUCGACUCUUCUGUCUGUAGCGAAUCCUCUCAAGGAAGCAGAAGGUGUAGCCGCGGCCGAGACGAUGACCCUAGACUCGUCUACGGUAGAUAUUGUCAGCCAUCGUCUCGAAGUCCUUACGGUACUCAUCAGCACACUCGUCAACACACUCAUCAAAUGCACGAGGAGGAGGGUAUCUAUGAAACUGCCGAUCCCGACAGAGGCUCGAAUACUAGGGGUGAAACGCCCGAUAGUGAAAGUGAUACGUUUAUUCAAGCUCAACAACAAUUAGCCCGGACGAGUGAGGAGGGGGUACAGCACCGACCACCACAACAACCACCACCACCUCCCGCGCCAGCCACGGCAGCCAAGCAGUUGCAGUUGCAGCAGCAGCAACAACAACAGCAACAACAACAACAACAACAACAACAACAACAACAACAACAACAACAACAGUUACAACCACAGCAGCAACAGCAGCAGGUACAAUCGCAGCAGCAGCUGCAGCCGCAACCGCAGCCGCAGCCUCAGCAACAGCUGCAGCAGCAGCAGCAGCAACAGCAACAGCAUCAACUGCCCGUGGAACAACUGCCAGUUAAGCAGCGCGGCUAUUAUCCAUCCCCACCCUUCAACGACAGCAGCAGCAGCAGCAGCAGCGUCCUCGCGAACGACGAGACGACGAGAAACGCUCAAUCCCAAGCGAAAAAGCUCCCUGACGUUCGUGGAAUCGAUGUUAAUCACUUGCCUAAUAUUAACAAAUGCCCACUAGACGAUAACUUUAGUCUAGAUUGUAACAUAAAUAAUGGUUCCCCUAAAGAAUUAAAUACCAACAACACUAGUGAUAACGAAAAUACUGCCCUACUGCCCCCUUCGCAUUUUCCUGAGUACAAGCAUUGAUAAUUAUUAAUCGAUGACAGAUAGUGUCCAAAACAUAGUGGUGUGAUUUAAUCUUGAACUCGCAUUUUAUACUGAAUAGUGUAAAUAACGAUAAACUAUGAAUUAACGAACAAGAACAAAGAAACAAGCAAAAAAGACGAGAGAGAGAGGGAGAGAGAGAUAGAGGGGGGGAGAGAAAGAGAGAGAGAGAGGGAGAGAGAGAAACGAGAAACGAGAGAAAAGAGAAAGGGAAAGAGAACGACACGAGCGAUCGAGAGCCAAGGGUCUUAAGAGCGGCACGACGGGCGAAGAAUACGACCGAUAUUAAAAUUAUAAUAAAUUAACAUUAAUCUAUAUGAAAUGUUUAUUAAUAAACAUUAGUAAAACGAUUUACUCAAAAAGACGAA